AUGUCGCCGAAUCAAACCGCCGGCGUUUCCACCGCUGAUGAAGAACCGGCCUUCGCUCAAAGAAACUGCUGCUUUUGCUUCCCCUUUCUAAACGCUGAAUCGCCCGCUUCUUCAUCCGGCUCGAUUUUCUGGCAGCGGAUUAACCCUCUCGAGUCCAGCAACCCCGCCACCCCGGUGUAUGCGUCGUCGUCGGACGAUGACGGGUGGUGGAUCCGGGGGUGGAAGAAGAUGCGCGAGUGGUCGGAGAUUGUGGCCGGGCCCAAAUGGAAGAAUCUUAUAAGGAAGAUCAGUAAGAAACGGAGACCUAAUGGGCAUGGGAGUGGCACGUUCCGGUAUGACCCGUUGAGUUACGCGCUUAAUUUCGAUGAGGGGCAAAAUGGGCAAAAUGGUCAUUUCGAUGAGGAUUUAAUGGGUCGCGGAUUCUCGUCCAGGUAUUCUUUACCUCCGUCGUGUAAAACUUCUCUUGAUUUUGAUCGGGAAGAAAAUCUGAAAAGAAGAUCCUUUAAAAACAUCAGGAAGGUUGGCCAAUCUUGA